CUGGCCAGAUACGAUAGUUUUCGGGGGACUUAUAUGGGUUUCUCGAGCCCAACAAAAUUGGUUACUAAAGCUCGGCCCAACACCAAAAGUAUUAGGAAGAGAUAUGAGAUCUUUUUCCCACCUUAUAAUCUUGUUACUCACUCCCACAGAGAAGCUGAUAAUUCUUUUGUAGUCUCUGCUCGUUUUAACGGCAAUGGCUUCCUCUCUCUCUGCGUUGCCUUUUUCUGAUCGAACUUUCCGUAAAAAGCCUUCUUCUUCGAAUUUCUUCCUUCGAGCAAGAGCUGCUGCAAAAGAAGUUCACUUUAACCGUGAUGGCUCUGUCACCAAGAAGCUUCAGGCAGGUGCAGAUAUGGUCGCUAAGCUAUUAGGCGUGACAUUAGGUCCAAAGGGACGAAACGUAGUGUUGCAGAACAAGUACGGACCUCCCAAGAUUGUCAAUGACGGUGAAACUGUUCUUAAAGAGAUUGAAUUGGAGGACCCGUUAGAGAAUGUUGGCGUGAAACUUGUGAGGCAAGCGGGUGCUAAGACUAAUGACCUUGCGGGUGAUGGUUCCACUACAUCUAUAAUUCUUGCUCAUGGCCUUAUUACUGAAGGUAUUAAGGUGGUUUCUGCUGGAACAAAUCCCAUCCAAGUGGCCCGUGGUAUUGAGAGAACCGCAAAAGCUCUUGUUUUAGAGCUCAGGUCAAUGUCCAGAAAAAUUGUAUCAUACCUUGUUUAUAUGUUUACAGACAUGAUGACACAUGUUAUAAACUGGAAGAGAAUAUGAAACUAUCAUCAGGUACCUACAUAAAUACCGGGACACUACACUACAACCUCAACA